AUGUCAACUGCGCCUCCUCUUCGACCGUCAAUGCAAAUGCCGAUGCCUAUGGACAAUCCUCUGCACCGAUCGUUGCCGACAUCCCCUUUCGACAUGGACCCUCGAGACCCUCGAGACCCCCGAGACCCGCGCAUGGACCCUCGCAUGAUGACCGCGCCGUUUGAAUCGCGGCUGGAAAUGGACGGGCCCGACUAUUUCUCGGCGAUGGGCAUAGGGCCAUUUGGGAGCCGAGCACACGGAGGCCCCUUCCCACCUGGUUUUGAUCCCGAGACCAUGAUGGGGAUGGGCGGCGCUCAGCAUUAUGUCGACGACGUGGUGCGGAGAACGAACCUCAUGGUUCAGUUUGUGAAUUGUCAAGUCCCUCCGACAGCGCGGUAUUGCCAGGUGCAACCGAAGAUGACUGUUGAUGCGAAGUUUCCGCCUGAGUUCAGAGUGCCUAAGACAGUGGAGGAGAUUCGGGCCAUGGAUCCAUCCUCUAUCGAUCGCGUCCUUCGAGCCUACGGGCAACCGACAGACCUCCGCUCCCUACGACUCACCUCGCAGGACACUGUCAGUCCGAGGAUAGCGCAUCAAGCGAAGCUCUGCACACUUUUCGAUUUUCUAGGCGCAACGCAGAUAUCAGAGCGGCAGCGCAUGAAGAGGACGGUGUGCUUGCCGUACUGA